AUGCCCGAGAGCCCCGACGACGUGCUGCGCUGGCUGGGCGUGGCGCCUGAGCUGCGCUUUGACGACGUGUAUGAUAACCAGCUGCCGUCUCUCCGCCGUAUCCGGCUUACGAAUGCGAGUGAGGGGCCGGUGUGCGUGGAGCUCCCGCUGGCGCGGCCUGGCCUGCGGUGGGUCCAGCCGCGCCCCGGCGCGGCGGGCAGCGAGCCGUGGGCCACGGACGUGGCGACGAACACGGCGGCGUGGGUGCAUGCUGGGGGCUUAGAGCCCACGCAGCUGCGCUCACUGCGGCACAAGGCGGCGAACUUGGACGUGUGUGAGCGCGUGGCGCUCGCGCCGCUCGAGGCCGCGGACGUGUUUCUCGAGGUGCGGGUGCGUGAGCUGAGCCCGCCGUCGCCGCGCUCGGAGGCGGCUCCGGCGCGCAGUGACCAUGUGCCGCACGAGCGCUCGACGACGAUGCUUCUCGCGCCGAUGCACGUAGCCACGCCCGAGCGCCGCGUGACGGCGUCGGUGCCGGUGCUCGUGAGUGCGUGCGAGCCGGUGGUCUCCGUCGAGUGUGUCGAUGCGCAAAAAUCGAGCGUGGGCCGCGACUACCAGCUCAUGCUGGAUCUCGGCGAUGUGGUCGUGGGCGAGCACGUCGCGCGCGAUGUGCUGGUGACGAACCACUCGGCCAUUGAGUGCUUUGUGCAUGUAAAGUCGCACGACGACGGCACCGACGGGCCCGUGGUUGUGCUAGACCCCCAGGGGGGGCGGCGCGUGGACGGCGGGCUGCUGGCGCUCGCGCCGUUCGAGGCGCGCACGGUGCGCCUAUUGCUGGCGCCGCAGGCGUCGCAUGCGAAUCUGGAGCAGACGUUCGUGUGGGAGAAUGCGCAUCGGCCGUCGAAUGCGACGCGCAUUCUCGUGCGCGCGAACCUGCUCGGUGCCCCGUCGGACGACGCACUGCAGGUGCUGAGCGAGGCCCCGCUCGACUUUGGCGACUGCUGCGGCGGGCAGUGGACGCGGCAGCUGCUCGUCCUCAAGAACCAGAGCGAUGCGCUCCUCGAUGUCGUGUUCCGCGCGGAGCCGGGCAUCGAGGUGACGUUCCAGCUCGCGGAGCUCGCGUCGCAGCGCGACAGUGCCGACGAAGGGGAGGCGCCGGACGAUGAUGUGCCGCUGGGCGGCACGUCGAGUUCGACGCGCGUGUGGACCGGCGAGAGCGAAGAGGUGGGCAGCGGGGGCGGUAGUGCCAUGGACCGCAGCAGCAGCGGCAUGGGCGGCAGCGGCGCCAGUGCUGCCCAGGAGGCCGACGACGCUGCGAGCGACGUCUCGUCGAAUGCGUCGCAGGCCGGCUCGGAGGUGGACAGCGGGGCGCAGCGCACCGACCUGUUCUCGCGCGCGAGCGAGGCAGAGACGCAGGAGGCGGGCCCGAGCAGCAGCGCGGCCAGCUCGACGAUGCCAAGCGGCAGUGUACCGAGUAUCGCGCCGAGCUCGCACUUGUCGGGCCCCGGCGUCGGCCAGCGCAUCCCCUCGUACUCGGUGAGUGCGCUGGCCACGUCGCAGCCGCGGCAGCGGCGCCUGCACGACCCCAUGGCGAUGUUGCGUGGCGGCGGCGAGUCGCAGCACAACGAGAUGGAGGAGCUGGUGCUGCGCCCUGGCGCGCAGUACCGCAUUGUCGUGUCGUACCGCCCGCCGCGCGAGGCGGCCGACGAGGCGUUCACCGCGGGGCGGCUCAGACACACGUCGUUCCGUCUGUUCCUCGACUAUGUGCGUGCGUCGGACCAUGUGCGCACGCACCGCGGGCGGCAGCGUCGCGACAUUGUGUGCCAUACGCGGACGUGCACGCCGUUCAUUUCCGUGUCGCCGCGCGUCGUGGACUUCGGGCUGGCGGACGUCGGCGCACGGAAAACGGCCCAGGUGGCUGUGACGAACCACUCAGAGCUGGAGACGCGUGUGCUGCUGCGCUUUGUGUCCAAAGUGCUGAGCAUGUACAUGGACGAGAUUGCAGUGCCGGCGCGUCAGACGGUGGAGCUCAAGAUGGACUUUUUCCCGCGGCGCGUCAACGACUCGUACCGCAAGCAGAUCACGGUGAUGAACCUGCUGAACCGCGAGAACGAUCAGAUCCUCGAAGUGCGUGCGCGCAACGUCGAUCUGCAGCGCGUGAGCUUCCACUCGCUCUUCUACCGCAUCCUCACGCCAAGUGGCUCGAACUACAUCGAUUUUGGUGAUGUGAACAUCCAUGCACCGAGCGUGCGCAGCUUCGGCAUCGAGAAUCUGUGUGCGACGCGUCUCUCGCUCGAGAUGAGCGUCGCACACCCCGAGGAUCUGCAGCUGUACAUGGUGCCGCCCCAGCAGCCGGCGCAGGUGGCCGAUGCCCCGCCGGCGCCGCGCCGCGCCGCGUGGAAGGAGCGCUUCCUCGAGUCGAUCAGCACGGAUACGCCGGCGGGCGCCCUGGCGUCGCCCGCCCGCACGAAGGCCAACAAGCAGCGGAACCACGUGCAGGCGCUGCGCCGCGGUAGCCGUGGCCGCGCGACGGUGCGGGCCGGCGCAGCGAUGACGUACAAGGACGCGUCGCUCCUGCAGGGCCUGCAGUACCUCGACCUGGCGAGCGGACUGCCCGGCGCCGCGCGGCGAUCGUCGCGUGCCACCAAGGGACGCGCGGCCGCUCCGGCGCUNUGGCGCCGCCCGCGCCCUGGCCGCGCGCGGGGCCGGCGGCCCGCGGACAGCUCGCCUGCCCUCACCGGCACGUGGCGGCGCAUGGCGCCCCUGGUCGAGCCGCAGGACGUGGCCGCGCUCGACACCGAGUCGCUCGUCCGGGCGUGGGAGAGCCAGCCGUCGUCGCUGUCGGCGUUCCUCGUGCGCAAUGUGGAGGCGGAGGAGAAGCUCGUGCGGACUGAGAUCCAUCUGCAGCGGGCGCUGCGCGAGGCCAUCGCGCGUGGGCAGCUCGUGCCGAUUGGGCUGCUGGACGUGCCGCCGGCGGCAGUGAUGCAGGUGGUGGCCGUGUACACGCCGCAAGGGAGCACGCGGCCGCAUAUCCAGGGGACGGCCCGGAAGCAGGACUCGCGCAUCUUCCUGCGGCUGCUCCAGUUCGACCGGCGCCGGGCUGUGGGUGUGCCCGAGUUUGAGGCGCUGCGGGACCGCGACAUUGAUGAGCUGCCUGUGCGUGACCUGAUGGUGCGUGCCUCGGUGUGUCGGAGCAUGCUGGAGCUGGGGCAGCCGCACAUCAACUUUGGGCACAUGGACAAGGGCGACCGGCGCGAGCGCAAGAUCUGGAUCCAGAACCGCAGCGAGUGGGCGCUGCGGUACUGCAUCCGCAAGAGCGGGAGCAUAGCGUCGGGCGAUAUCCGCCUGGGCCGCGGGCGCUACGGCAUCGUGCCGGGCUACGGGAAGCGCGGCGUCGACUUUACCUUCUCGCCGUCGCUGAGUGGCCCCUUCUGCGAGCGCCUCGUGGUGGAGAACGUGGCGGACCACGACAACGACCAGGCGAUUGUGCUCAAAGCGAGCGUGCGCAAGGUGCCCAACUUUGCCGUCGAGCCCGGGGCGCUGCAGCUCGGCGCAUGCCGCGCCACACCCGGGGCGCCCGAGAGUGUGCGUGUGUCGAACGCGACGCCCAAGCCACGUACACUGGUCGUGCAGGUGGACGAGGCGGCGGCGCGCGCGGUGCCUGUGCCUGUGCGUGUGCUCGUGGCUGCCAGUGACGACACGGCGGCACGCCGCACACUCACGACCGAGGAGGAAGAAGAGGUCGAGACCCUGUACCAAAAAGUCAAGAUUGCGAGCCGCAAAGGCAACGUCGACAAACUCGCCAAGUACCGCGAGCGGCUCACGCAGCUCGGCGUCGCUGUGCCCGAGACGACGGCGCCGGUCGACGCGGGCGCAGCCCCGCAGGAGGCGGCCGCGCCGCUCGACGAUCUCGCGCGCUACACAUGCGUGCUGCGCGACGGGCGUCCCGCGGACGCACUGACCGUGACGCUCGCCGCGCACCGCUCGCAGAAGCUGCUGGUGCGCGUGUGUGCGCCGUCCGGCGCCGCCCGCGAUACGGACGUGCAGGUGCCGCUGCAGCUGCACGAGGCGAAAAACAGCGACGAGACGCGCCACGUCGUGCUUCACGCGCGUGUCGUGGCCUCGUCGCCCGAUACCACGUCUACGUAG